AUGCCAUCCUCCAGCAUGGCAGCGGUGGAGGCCACCUUGCAGACCAACGGGACCGAGAGCACUGCCAGACCACCCCUGUCCGUAGCAUUGCAUGUGCCCACCUCUGCGGUUGAUCAGGUCAACUCAGCACAGGCCGCGCCGCUCUCGGGCAAUCCGAAUCGACGUUCUCACAUUCAGCAGAAUGUUCAGGCGCUCCCGACGCUUCCCGAAGCCUCCCACGCCAACGCGCUCAACACAGCCACAGGUCCGGCGCCCGCAGCGCUCGGCCUCACUGCAGACCUCGACGCCUCCACAGUAGCAGCACUCAGUGGGCUCAGUCCAGCGCAAAAGACGCUCGCCCUCUCGCGUUCACAGGGAUACGACCUCAUCGUCUUAGAACUCGCCAACGAGCGAUGGAAGGAGCGAUGGGAACGACUCUGCCUCGCAAAUCCAAACGAGGUGCCCUCGUCAUCAGCAGCGCAGCCUGCACAGCUGACUUCCGUUCCCAUGGCUUCCGGGCCGGCAGCAUUGCUGGCUCGCAGUAGCAGUCGACAGGGUCUCAACAGCUUCUCUGCUGGUGGAAGUAGGCAGUCCCCAUCUCCAUCUCCUGCCGCCAGCAGUGCAGGGCAGACGUUCGCUACCAUCGCCCGCGAGGCCGAGGAAUGGCGAGCGGCACCCGCAUUCAAGCGUUCCGAAGUCAGUUUGACCAAGCUCGAAGAAACCGAAGGCGUCAUUGCGCUCGCCAGCCAGUGGAUCGAGCUCGACUCCCCCGACGAAGGCGUUCGUCUCGACUGCGAGCUGGCUCUUCGUCAGGAACUCGCUUACGCCUCUUACCUCGGCAUCUCAAACGUCGUCAUCCCCCCUCCGUCGUCGGACCCUGCUCGUCGCCCUUUCCUCGCCGAUUACGCUCGUGCUAUCAACUCUUGCCUGACCAGCGGAAGCGCAGAGACGGCCCCUGCCGGCUCGUGGAUGAGCAUCACCGUUCAGCUGCCAAUCUCUUCGCCCUACAUCCUCAACAAGAUCCUCUCGCGUCAGAGCGCAAAGAAUGGGUAUGGGCUCACUGCAUCCAACACUGCCGGCAGCACAGCCUCGGCGAGCUCGCAGGCGUCUCACGCCAGCGCGGCUUCGUCCGCAGCUCUGCUGCGAGCUGAAGACGAUUGGGCUUGGGAGACAUGGGAGCAGAUCCGACAGCUCUGCUCCUACAACACCCGCCUUCAGGUUGCUCUGGAUCUUGGUAGUCCGCUGCCUGCCCCUAGCAUCCUGACACGCUGGAUGGCAGAGCCCGUCAGCAUGCUCUGGGUGCCCAGCGCUGCCUACCUCGCCAACGCCAAAGGCUUUCCCGUCCUUUCGAAAGCGUCUCAAGCCUUCUUCCGUUCCAUGUUCCGGAAAAACCCGACCGUCGUGCUCAGCGGCGUACACAGCCCACCUCCAACGCACUCGCGAGGUGGUCCGCUGGCGUACCUGCAAUACGUGCGACACUUGGAGAAGGCGACCCCACCGGACGGCGCAGUCGACUCGUUUGCACGCGGAUACACUGACUGGCUACAAGCGCCACUUCAGCCCCUAAUGGACAACUUGGAGGGCACAACGUACGAGGUGUUCGAGCGCGACCCAGUCAAGUAUGCGCUGUACGAGGAGGCAGUGUACAAGGCACUGCUCGAUCGGCCUGUCACUGCGAGCACGCUAAUCUGGGUGUGCGGAGCUGGUAGAGGCCCGCUGGUGGACCGUUGCCUUAACGCAGCUGAUCGAGCAGGACGAGCGGUGCGUCUCGUAGCAUUGGAGAAGAAUCCCAACGCGCUCGUCACUCUGCAGGAACGACAGGUGCUCGAGUGGGGCGAUCAAGUGAGGGUGCAGUACGGCGACAUGCGAAAGUUUGCUGUGCCGUCGAGCAUGGCCGAGCGACCGGAUAUCGUGGUCAGCGAAUUGCUGGGUAGCUUUGGCGACAACGAACUGUCGCCAGAAUGCCUCGAUGGAGCUAUGCGCUUCCUCAAGCCAAAUGGUAUCUCGAUCCCAUCGUCCUACACGGCUUUCCUUUCGCCGCUGUCCUCGUCCAAGCUGCACACCGAGGUGCUCAACGGUUCGAACGCUGCUCUGACAUCGGCGGUGCAAAAGGCAUCUGAAACGCCCUACGUCGUCCUCUUUCAAAAUGUCGCUCUGCUCGCGGCUCGCGGCGGCCGACUCAACUGGGAGCAGGUGCAAGAAUCGUGGACGUUCGAACAUCGCCCUUCUGCGAUGACGCCGCUCGUGUACGAUGAGAAAGGGCUGCCCGCCUCCAACGGCCACAACAUCCGCUCAGCAAAACACACAUUCCACAUUCCUCAAGCCGGAACGUGUCACGGUCUCGCAGGGUACUUUGAAGCGCAUCUCUACGACAAUGUGACGCUCAGCAUCCAUCCCGAUCCCGUAAGAGGAUCGAAGGACAUGCUAAGUUGGUUUCCGAUCUACUUUCCCUUCCGUGAGCCGAUGUAUCUGCCAGCCAACUCGGAGUUGGAGGUUCACAUGUGGCGACUCGCCUCGAGCGAUCGCGUGUGGUACGAAUGGUCCGCCGAGUCCUUCUUGCCCUUGUCGAUCGGUACGCUCGAGAUCGCGGCGAGAUCGCAACAGCAGAGACCAGUGUCGUUGGAUGCCAGCUCGUCGGUUGGCUCGAACGGCACAGCUGCCGAUCAGCACAAUUUCGCAAACGCACCGAACACGCCCAGGAUUCCGAGCGUGUCGUUGUCACAUCAAGCCGCCGAAUCGACGCAGGGCGCGUUGCAGGCGAGCGCUCUACCACACACGCCGCCGACGAGGAUCAAGAUCGGUAUGACCAGGCUGCAUAACCCUGGCGGACGCAGCUCUUGGAUCGGCUUGUGA